CUGACCUCGAUCUUCAAAAUCUCAAACAUGCCACACUCCCCAAUUAUGUUUGUGGCAAAGCCACCACUAAAUACUACUUGCUCUACACCACCAUACUUAUUGUCCCUACUCGUGCGUGUUUCGACGUGCACAUCCUAGACAACAUGCCCGCGCCCUUAUAUGCCAACACUCCCUGGCUCCCCUCCGAGCUCAUGCUCGAAAUCUUCGAGAUCGCCCUCAUCGAGCCCCGGAACGCCAGCAGUCUCGCGUUCGUGUCAAAGCGCACCACGGCGCUCCUCUACAAGCUAUUGUAUCGAAAUGUGAUCCUCUCGAAUCCAGAACGCGUCGAGUCCUUCGUCGGCGUCCUAUCGGCAGGGCGUGCACGCCCGGGAUCCAUUCGCGAACAUGUCAAGCGUGUUAUCAUCACCUUCGUCGACCACCCCCCGUACCCGAUGGUUACAUGCUCCUUCAUACGUUAUAUCCUCCACGUAUGCACCGGCGCCCACACGUUCGUCGUCCCCGGCAUCAUAAGCCACUCCCUUCUCGCGCGCAGCGAUCCACCACAGAUACGCGUCGUUCCGGCCUCUACGACCCACCUCACCCUGGGCCACUUCAAAGAAAGCGAUCUCUUGGUCCGAGAGCCCCUGCCCCCCCUGCAACUCGCGCGCCCGCUGUUUAACAACCUCACGCACCUGCGGAUCGCGGACCCUUGGAUUUUGUUCACGCCACCGAGCACGGUGCUCGCGCACCUCGGGCCGCUUCCUCGCCUCACGCACUUCUAUUUCGCGAAGAUGGUCGGGAGAGGCGAGACGGACGAAGAGCAGUUCGUGAAGGACGUUGCCGAAGUCUUGCGUGCGCGCCCGGCCUUGGAAUACUUCAUCGUCGGUGCGUGCCUGCCGCUCACGGGCCACAUCAAAAAAUCUGAGCUCGAGGUGUUCGAAGAGUGUGUCCGGGUGUCAACGACGUGGGCGUUGGUGAGGGAGCUGCAGAAGACGGAGAAACGGCUCUUGAUUGUACGCGGAGCUUUCAGGGGUGGGUGGUAUAGAGAAUGGAGCAAAGGAAAACAUAUCACGAACGGGGCAGAGCCAUUUGAUUUUUGGGGAGAGACGGUCAAAGAAGGUUGGUUGCAAAGGGACAGAGAGAUGUUGCCGGAAGAGGUAAGGCCAAUCGGGAGAUGGGAUUGGCCAUGAUUGACGGGUCAAUCUGUCGCGCUCUUUGGAACUUCGGUAGUCUUCCCCUUUGUAUGGCAGUCAUGUAGUUUUUCUACUGGUUGAUCAAGUCUCUAUUAUCUCACU